UUUUUUAUUAAUUAAGGCUCGCGAGAAUCCCGAUAAAAAGGCUGAAAAUGGCAGAUAUCAUGAAGCACUCGUGUGAAACUCAAGGAUGUACGAAGCCAGCGGCUCUUCAAUGUCCCAAUUGCAUCAAAUUGGGCAUGAAUUCCUACUUUUGCUCACAAGACUGUUUCAAGGGAUCCUGGAAAAGUCACAAAAUAAUUCACACCUUAGCGAAAGCAGCGGAGAACAACAAGCAAGACGAGGGCUACAAUCCAUGGCCCGGAUACACAUUCACCGGCGCCCUUCGUCCCUUCCCAAAGUCGGAAAAGCGUCCCGUGCCCGAUACCAUCAAGCGACCCGAUUAUGCGGAUCAUCCGCGUGGCAAGAGUUUGUCGGAAGAGCAGCUGCGCGGCAAUACGACAAUCAAAGUGCUGGAUGACGAGGAAAUUGAAGGCAUGAAAGUCGCAACGCGUCUCGGGCGCGAAGUUUUGGAUGAGGCAGCGCGCGUUUGCGAUGUCGGCGUUACCACAGACGAAAUUGACCGAAUCGUGCAUGAGGCAUGUAUCGAACGCGAAUGUUAUCCGAGUCCCUUGAACUACUAUAAUUUCCCGAAAAGUUGUUGCACGUCGGUAAAUGAGGUAAUUUGUCACGGAAUUCCCGAUUUGAGACCCUUGCAAGACGGAGAUUUGUGUAAUGUUGACGUUACGGUGUACCAUCGAGGGUUUCAUGGCGACUUGAAUGAGACGUUUUUCGUGGGAAAUGUCAAGGAGCAACACAAAAAACUCGUUCAAGUGACUUACGAGUCGCUAAUGAAGGCAAUUGAUAUCGUCAAGCCGGGAGAAAGGUAUCGCGAAAUCGGAAAUGUUAUCGAGAAACAUGUUCGCAGUCAUGGUUUCAGCGUUGUUCGAAGCUAUUGUGGGCAUGGCAUUCAUCGGUUGUUCCAUACAGCUCCAAAUGUGCCACAUUAUGCGAAAAACAACGCCGUCGGUGUCAUGAAAGCGGGACAUUGCUUCACAAUUGAGCCGAUGAUCAGCGAAGGUACGUGGCGCGAUUGCCAAUGGCCUGAUGAUUGGACUGCCGUUACGCAAGACGGCAAAUUCUCGGCGCAAUUCGAACAGACACUCCUCGUCACGGAAACUGGCUGUGAAAUUUUAACCAAAAGACGCAAUGGAACGGGACUGCCUCACUUUAUGGAUAAAAUGUAGACUCUCUCUUUAAAAUUUUUUUCUUAGUCAGAACUUUUAAUAUCACACAUAAUCAGGUUUUUGUUGAACAUUUUUAUAUGAAAAUAUUAUCGAAAAUGGAAAAAACAAGAAAUAAAUUGUUUGCAA